CUAGAUAAGGAUCUGGUGAUCUCUUUGAAGACCAGUAGCAGCAAUACUUAACCAUACAAAAAGAUAACACCACUAUAACAGUACUCAUCAAAUACAAGAACAACAACAAGCAGCUCUUCUUCUUUAGAAAUCAUCAAAAUUCAACCAAUGAAUACUACUUCGAUUAAAUCCCAACAUUUCUUCCCAACCCCAAUCAAAACCACACCAUCAAAUCCUAAAUUUUCCAACUUUAUUUCAUCAAAUUCCCCUGCAUUUCUGGGUAACAAAAACCUUAUUAAUAACCUUUCUUCCAAACACAAAAAUUGGGUUAUUAAAUCAUCAUCAAAACAUGAAAUUAUUGAUAAUGAUGAUGAUAAAUUAGUGUUUAAGAGAAGGUUACAGGUGUUUACAGGGGCUGCUUCAAUUGGGCUUCUGCUGAUGAUGAUGGGCCAAGACAAGGCAUGGGCUUUAGGCCCAGAAGGCCCAUUAAUGGAGGAAUUCUGGGAGAAUGUAAGAAGAUAUGCAUUGUAUGCACUUACAGUGAGUACUGGGGUUAUUUAUACAAUUUUACAGCCGAUUGUAGAGUUGCUAAAGAACCCAAUAUCAGCUAUAUUGAUAGUGGUUAUUAUUGGAGGAUCUUUUUACAUCGUUUCUCAAAUUGUUUCUGCCAUGGUUGGUGUUUCCGACUUCUCUUAUCAAUAUGCCUACUAGGCGCACUCGGUAUGUAUUAAAUGAGAAUUUCUCGGCCUCUAAUAGCUUGAGUCUUCUACCACUUAUUUAAUCGUGUUUAGAUGAUAUCAGACAUUGUAUUAAACAAACCCGCUCCUCAUUUUGUACUUUAUUUGGUAUGCCACGUUAUAAUACUAAGGUAGUUUAGAUUUUGUUUUAUGAUUUUUUUUAAAAAAAAAAAUUAAUAGCGGUGUAAAAUCAGUUUUAUGAGUAAGAUGAUUAAGCUCAAAAUCAA